AUGUCUGUUAAUUAUGCAUCGGGAUUGUCACCAUACGACAAUAAAGGAAAAUGUGGACUUCCAGAAACAUUUGAUUCACCAGAAUUGUUGUCAAGCAAACUGCAGGAGCUAGCUGAUUUAAUGAGAAGUAGCAAACAUAUUGUUGUUCACACUGGGGCGGGUAUCAGCACCUCCGCUGGGAUUCCUGACUUUAGGGGCCCGAAAGGUGUUUGGACACUAGAAGAAAAAGGAGAAUUUCCACAGCUUGAUGUAACAUUUGAUUCUGCAGAACCCACAGUAACCCACAUGGCACUUGUUGCACUUGAGAGAGCAGGAAUAGUGAAGUAUGUAGUCAGCCAGAAUAUUGAUGGACUUCAUCUUCGAUCAGGCUUCCCACGCAAUAGGUUGUCAGAACUUCAUGGAAACAUGUUUGUAGAAGAGUGUAAUAAAUGUGGUUUUCAGUACAUAAAAGAGAAUUGCGUUCCAACAAUGGCUAGGAAUCUAACUGGAGGAUCAUGCAGGCAGAAUAAAUCCAGGGGAUUAUGCAGGGGAAAGUUGAUAGACACUAUAUUGGACUGGGAGGAUUCACUGCCGGAGCAAGAUCUAAGUACGGCAAUUGAAGAGUGCAAAAAAUCUGACCUCAGCAUAUGUUUGGGAACAUCUCUGCAAAUACUGCCAAGUGGGAACAUUCCCCUGCAAACCAAGAAAAAUGGCGGGAAACUCAUCAUUGUGAACUUGCAGCCUACAAAACAUGACAAGAAAUGUGACAUGAAAAUCUCUGCCUAUGUGGAUGAUGUCAUGAAACAACUCUGUGAGGCUCUGGAGGUUAAAAUUCCACAGUAUAAUGGUCCUUCUUUCUGUCUUACUUCAGUUCAUACAUUAAAGUCUGAAAAGAGUUGGCAAGUAGUAGCCGAUGAAGGACUCUUGGGGAAAUUACAAGGAGAUUGGAAACUUAAGACCAUCAAAAAAUCUGCAAGACCUAAAGAUGAGUCAAAUGAAGAUGGUGAUGUCAAAGCAAAGAAAAUUAAAAUGGAAGAUAGUUUCACACCAGCUGGCACAGUUAAAUGUGAAACGGUGAAAGAAGAGGAUGUUUCACAGGUAAAAUGUGGCAGCAUUGAAGAAAGUGGACAUGCUAGCAGUAAGGAAGUUACUAGCAGUAUAACAGUGCUGGAAUGUCCCUUAGUAGCUCGAAAUUGUCUUGAUGAGGCUUGUAGCUCAGUUGCUUUAAAUCCUUGCACAAUACACUGUCAGUCAUAA